GGCAACUUUCCGCUGUCAUGAUCAUUUGCUGAAGAACAAGGACUACACUGCUUGUUAUGAAUACUAUCGGAGUUUCUUUCCUGGACCCGUUGGAUGACUACGAGAUCAUACAGAGGAUUGGAAGUGGUACAUAUGGAGAUGUGUUUAAGGCAAGAAACAUCAGGACCUCAGCACUGGCUGCUAUUAAAAUCAUUAAGCUGGAUCCUGGAAAUGAUAUUACAUCUAUUCAGCAGGAGAUCACUACAAUGAAGGAGUGCAAACAUAAGAACAUUGUGGCGUAUUAUGGCAGCUACCACAGGAAUACUAAGCUGUGGAUCUGUAUGGAAUACUGUGGAGGAGGGUCACUACAAGACAUCUAUCAUGUGACUGGACCCCUAAAAGAAAAACAGAUAGCUUAUAUCUGCAGGGAAACGUUGCAGGGUUUACUUCAUCUCCAUGAGACUGGCAAAAUACAUCGAGAUAUAAAGGGAGCCAACAUACUACUUACUGAUCGAGGAGAUGUGAAACUGGCUGAUUUUGGGGUUGCUGCAGAAAUUAGUGCCUCAGCUGCCAAGAGGAAAUCUUUUAUUGGAACUCCAUACUGGAUGGCCCCUGAGGUUGCAGCUGUGGAGAAGAAGGGCGGCUAUAACCACUUGUGUGAUAUUUGGGCUUUGGGCAUCACUGCUAUUGAACUGGCAGAGCUGCAGCCACCCAUGUUUGAUCUUCAUCCUAUGAAAGCUCUGAUGCUGAUGUCAAAGAGCAGCUUUCAGCCUCCUAAACUAAAAGAUAAAGCAAAAUGGUCAGCUGGUUUUAAUAACUUUGUAAAGAUGUGUUUAACAAAGAAUCCAAGAAAAAGACCCACAGCAGACACUCUUUUACAGCAUACCUUUGUUACACAACUAUUGACCAGAAAUCUGGUCAUUGAGCUGCUGGACAUGGCCAGCAAUCCAGAUCUCCACCAUACGCCCAGCAUUGAGGACCCUGACCAUGAUGCUAGUGAUGCCACCCCUGAUAAGAUCCAGUCAAAGAAUAAGAGUUUACUGGCUGAGAGAAGUUUCUCUGAGAAACAAUUUGAUCAGGUAAAAUUCCCACCUCUGAGGAGGAAAGAGACAGAUCCCUAUCCAGAUCUGGAUUCAUAUGAUGAUUGGAGCAUUUCCGGGGAUGAAGUUGAGACUCCGAGUCUCUUGGAUUGUGUGGAGGAAGAGCUGCAGCAGAGAAGCCUGACAGUACAAAGACGGUCAUCCUUAGAGUGGGGGACAAGGAAAAGUGGACUAUUUGGUGCUUUACCAGUAUCAGCCACAGCAUCACUUCCUCUGAAAAGCUCUUUUAGUGCGGUCCAGGAAAGCAAAGAUCUGACUUUAAGGCCCAAUUCCACCUUAAAGCCUAAUGAAGCACCACGGCCUAACUCAGUGCUGAUAAGGUGCUCAGCCAGGGACGAUGUGCGGCAGUGGUGCAGUGAUGCUAGUGGUCCUGAGGUGGCAGAUACACAAGAUGAUCAGAAAAGCUGUACAACUAGCAAGGACACUGCCCUCUCUCCAGAGUGGAGUACGAUGAGAAAGAAAGCAGAAGAUUCGAGAGCUGAUUCUCAUGGACUGCCUCCCACACCCCAAGUCCAUAUGGGAGCCUGUUUCUCAAAAGUCUUCAACGGCUGUCCACUUAAAAUCCAUUGUGCUGUGACAUGGGUGUUUCCAAAGACUAGAGAUCAGUACCUCAUACUGGGUGCAGAGGAGGGGGUCUAUAUGCUGAAUCUGAAUGAGCUUCAUGAGGACACUUUGGUGAAGUUGCUUCCACAGAGAUGUACCUGGCUGUAUGUGAUGAACAAUGUCCUCAUGUCUGUCUCUGGUAAAUCAUCUCAGCUUUACUCUCACAGCCUAACAGCUCUGUUUGAGCAACAAGGGCAUGUGGAGAGAAAACAGAGCCACUUACCCCUCAGCACCAACCGCUUUACAGAUAGAAUCAUCCAUAGGAAGUUUGCAGUCUCGCUAAAGAUCCCUGACACUAAAGGCUGUCGGAAGUGCAGUGUUGCUCGUAAUCCAUACACUGACAGCACGUUCCUGUGUGCGGCCGUACCUUCGGGACUUGUUCUGCUCCUGUGGUAUGAACCCUUGCAAAAAUUCAUGCACCUAAAGCACAUAGCCGUAACCCUGCCUGACCCUCUGAUCAUUUUUGAGCUGCUGGUUUUGAUCACAGACGAGCUUCCUGAGCUGUGUGUUGGGGUGAGGAAAUGCACACCAAGAACUGAUGAACCUCAAACAGAGCAACGGCUAAAGUUUGACAUAAUCAAUUUAAACGGCACACCAAAUUCAAACACAGACAGUGAGUGUGUAAGAGCAGUGCAGGUAACACAGCUGGACAGAGAUACAGUUCUGGUUGCACUAGAAAAAUCAGUGAAGAUUGUCAAUCUGCAGGGUAUACCAAGCGUUCCAAGCAUGGAUUUAGCCUCAGAAAUGGACUUUGAUUUUCCUGUUGAGAUGCUAGUUUGUUUACAGGACAGUGUUUUAGCUUUCUGGAAACAUGGACUUCAAGGACGCAGCCUGCACAACUGUGAGAUAACGCAAGAAAUUACAGAUGAAACCCAAGUAUUUCGAGUUUUAGGCACUAACAGAGACAUUGUUCUGCAGAGUACCCCGACCGACAAUCCUUUUGCCACCAGCAAUUUAUAUAUUCUAACUGGUCACGAGAACAGCUAUUGAAAGGAGAAACAAAGAGACGAUGGAAUCUAACAUAUUUGGCUUUACAAACAUCAGCAGUCUGCCUUUUAAAUAUUAAAUAUUAGUCCAUUAGCUAAUGUAAAAAAGUUAAAUUGUUGUAAAUUUAGUAUUGUUUUAUUUUCUGAACUGUUAAUCCAUGUCAUGUCUAAAAAAAAUAACACUACACACAGAGCUAGUUAAUUUAACCCAUCAUCAUGAAUGUUACCAAAUAUAGUAUUUGUUCCUUCAUGGUUUAGUAGGUAACCAGGACUUCUGAAUACCUCUACAACAUCAACACUACAAAUCUUUACAGACUCUAAAACAUUGUCUAUAAAAGAUUGCUUUGUUACACUGAAUUUUGCCUUUUGGCCACCAUACACCUCAGCAUGUUUUCCUGGAUGUUACAUUUGAAUGAUAUGUGUGGAAUUUGUCAUAUUUUAAGUGGAGUAUAAGUAUUAAAAUGUGAAGCUAGUCUGGGAGGCACACAGACUAUCUUUCUUCACACCAAAACCAACAUAAUACUGACUUUUAACUGAAUUAAUGAUAUGAUGAUGUUUAACAUAUGUGCAAUACUUUUAAGUAAUAUCUAAGACAUCUGAUAUAAAUAACACUACAAUAACUAAACACUAAAUAAUAUGAAAUUGACAGCUAUUUUGAAACGGAUUCUUUAUGAAGGAUUUUGUAUUUAACAUUUUGCAAUAAUGAACAUUUACAAAAUUCCAGCUUUUAAAUUAACCUGUUUCAAAUAGUUCCUACCCGAGUUGACAACUGGAUCCAAUUUGUGGGCCAACAGGUGGCGCUGUCAUACACUAUAGUCAUACAUAAUUCAGCACAAUGUUAAUGGUCCCUAUUUUUUAAUGGCGUUUUCUAAAUAUCUUUUUGUAUUUCCAUUAUGUUACAAGCAAAAGUAAAAAAAUUGUGUCCAACAAACAAACUAACAUAAGGAAUCAGGCAUUGUGUUUUACUCACAUCUUUAUUAUUGACACUGACAAUUUUCCUCCACAACAAACUCAUUUAUGUAAUGCUGGAACAGAAAAGGGCUUCCCUAAACUUUUGCCACAAAGUUGGAAGCAUAUUAUUUAUUUUAUUUAAUUGAUUUUAUACACCUGUUAGCAACCAAUAUAGUUGACACAUUUAAAAUGAUUUAAUAACUAGGAGGGGUAUUUAUUGAGUAUUGUAGCUUGGAAACUGCAUGUAUUCUUCCGAGCUGUUUGUUUGA